AUGGUUACUGCAUCAACCGCCCGGAAUAUUGUUGGCAUCAUCGGAAAUGUCAUCUCCUUCUUCCUAUUUGCAUCACCAAUACCAACAUUUGUCAAGAUCUACAAGAAUAGAUCAGUUGAAGAGUUCAAGCCUGAUCCUUAUUUGGCAACCAUUAUGAAUUGCAUGUUGUGGAUCUUCUAUGGCUUACCAUUCGUCACCCCAGAUAGCAUUCUCGUUGUCACCAUUAAUGGUGUUGGACUUGCAAUGGAGGUCGCUUACAUUACUAUUUUCUUCAUUUUUGCCAAGAAGAAAAGCCGCUUUAAGGUGAUAAUUUGGAUAAUGAUAGAGCUUCUAUUUUUGGGCGUGGUGGCUACGUGCACAUUGUUACUUAAUCACACCCAUGAGAAGAGAUCUCGAAUUGUUGGUAUUCUUUGUGUUAUAUUUGGAGUUCUCAUGUAUACGUCGCCUCUUACUAUCAUGAAAAAAGUUAUCACGACAAAAAGUGUGAAAUACAUGCCAUUCUAUCUCUCAUUGGCCAAUUUUCUGAAUGGAGUGAUUUGGGUGACGUUUGCCUUGAUUCGUUUCGACCUUUAUAUCUUGAUUGGGAAUGGGCUCGGAGCACUCUCGGGUGCAGUACAACUGAUUUUGUACGCAUGUUAUUACAAGUCUACCCCUACAGAUGAUGAAGAUGAAGAUAAGAAGCCACCCACUGAACUUCAGCUCGCUGUUUUUACUUCAUCUUGA